AUGAUUAGAAGGCAUGAUGCCUCCAGCAAAACUGUCUUGUGCUUCCAAAGACUUUGCCUCCAACAGUGCGAAACGGCAUUCCGAGCACCUGGAAGUAAUACAGUUUUCUCGGUCACAUCUCCAAAACCAGCCAAUGUUCUUUUGUGGGCUACUACUUCAAGAAACGCAAAGCCAACAGGAGGCGCCCUUGAAUCUCUAUUCAUUCGUUUCCUCGCAGGUGUGACUGAUUUGUGUUGGAGUAUGAAGAGAGAGUAG